UGUCGAAUGUAAACAUCUUUUCAAAACGCGUUCGAUUUCCGUUAAGCGAGCUCCAGCUGCUCAGCGCAGCGGACUCUUCUCUCGCGUCUCAGACCGGAAGUACUACUUCAGCUGAGCUCCUGAUGACGUCCUGCUGUAAAGAUGGAGUUUAUUAAAGAGGAGAAUGAGAACACGAGUGAUCCAGAGCCCUGCAGAAUUAAACGAGAAGAUACUGAGGAACAAAUAGACCUGAUGGAAGCGAAUGAAGUGGAGGAGAAUCAGCAUCAGCAUCACUUCACAACUGGAGACAAAUCAGGAGGCAAAAAUUAUUUCAUCUGCCCGCAGUGCGGAAAGAGUUUCCCACAUAAAGGAGACCUUAAUAAACACAUACGGAUCCACACUGGAGAGAGACCCUUCAUGUGCAUUCAGUGUGGAAAGAGCUUUACGCAGAAAGCAAACCUUAACAGACACCAGCGUGUUCACUCUGGAGAAAAGCCCUUCACGUGCACUCAGUGUGGACGGAGCUUCACAUCCACCAGCAUCCUCAAACACCACCUGCGCUCUCACUCCGGCGUGAAGACGUUCAGCUGCGAUCAGUGCGAUAAGAACUUUAUUUUAGCCAGACUGUUGAAAAGACAUCUGAAGAUGCAUGCAAACCAGAAGCCGCACUUGUGCUCCUUCUGUGGGAAGAGUUUUUCACAAUUGGACUUUUUUAUCGAGCACCAGAAAAUGCAUAUCGGCGGGAGACCUCAUAAAUGCUCAGAGUGCGGCAAUGCCUUUAAUACGGCCGAUUCCUUGAGACGACAUCAGAGGAUUCAUACCGGAGAGAAACCAUUCAUUUGCUCGCAUUGUGGAAAGGGUUUCAUUCAGUCGGGACAUUUGAGAGCGCAUGAGAGAUUGCACACGGGAGAGAAGCCAUAUCAGUGCUGUUCAUGUGAGAGGAGCUUCACACAUUCAAGAGAACUAGUGACUCAUGUUAGAAAGCGUUGCCCGGAGCAGUUGUGCAUCACUUUAAAGGAAUAAUUCAUCCAAACAUGAAAAUUUGCUGAAAAUAUACUCAUUCUCAGGGCAUUCAAGAUGUAGUUGAGUUUGUUUCUUCAUCAGAUUUGGAGAAUUUAGCAGUCAUCAGUGUCUCAUCAAAGGAUGCUCUGCAGUGAAUGGGUGCCGUCAGAAUGAGAGUCCAAACAGCUGAUAAAUACAUCAUGUAAUCCACACCACUCCAGUCCAUCAGUUAAUGUCUUAUGAAAAGAAAAGCUGCUUGUUUGUAAGAAACAAAACCAGCAAGGUGUUUUAACCAAUCGCUUUUUAGCCAAAAAUACAAGUCCAUAAUGGAUAGUUACGCUUUUACCAGUCCACUUCCUGUUGUCUCUUACAUCAAAACCAAGCCAUGUAUUUGUUUAGAUAUUCUUUAGACCGGUUUGGCUUGUAAAACAAGUACAAGCUUGUACCUUUUUACUGGAGAAAGCAGAAUGUGACCCAGGACAACAAAAACAAGCAUUAAGCUACAAAAAAUGUUAUAAUUGAAAUGUAUACAUCAAAUCGAAGAUGAAUAAAUGAGCUUUCAAUUGAUGUAUGGUUUAUUAGGAUGGGAGACAAUACUUGACUUAGAU